AUGAACGGUGCUGUCGCCCCCAAUGGGACGCAGUGCGACGGGGAAUCCCAGCCUCCGCAACCCAUUGCCAUCAUCGGAUACGCCUGUCGUCUCGCCGGUCAGGUUUCCUCGCCCAGCGACUUAUGGGAGCUAUGCACACGAGCCCGAAGCGGCUGGUCACCCAUUCCCAAAGACCGCUUCUCUCACGGCGCCUACCACCACCCCAAUCCCUCCAAGCCCGGCACUUUCAACCCAGCCGGUGGCUACUUUCUCGACGAAGACAUUUCCCGAUUCGACGCCCCCUUCUUCAAUGUCACCGUCCAGGAAGCCAUUUCCAUGGACCCACAGCAGCGCCUACUGCUUGAGUGCUCCUACGAAGCUUUGGAGAGUGCUGGUAUACCCAAAGAGUCGCUUGCCGGCCGCAAUGUCGGUGUCUUUGUCGGCGGCAACUUUUCGGAUUAUGAGCUCAAUAAUUUGCGCGAUAUCGAGACUCUCCCUUCGUUUCAGGCCACAGGCAAUGCACCCGCCCUCCAAUCCAAUCGGAUUUCAUAUUACUUUGACUUGGAGGGACCGAGUAUGACGAUCGACACAGCCUGCUCAUCUUCUCUGGUGGCCUUGCAUUAUGCUGUUCAGAGCAUUCGAAGUGGGGAAUCGAAGGAGGCGUUGGUCGGUGGGUGCAGAUUGAAUCUUCUUCCUGACUAUUUUGUUUCUAUGUCUAUGUCACAAUUGUUCAACGAUGACGGGAAAACAUACUCUUUUGACGAAAGAGCAAAAUCUGGAUUUGCGCGCGGCGAGGGUGCAGGCGUUGUCCUCCUCAAACCUCUUGACGCAGCCCUGCGCGACAAAGACCCCAUCCGGGCGGUAAUUGCGAAUUCUGGAGUCAACCAAGACGGGAGAACCAAGGGUAUCACAUUGCCGAACGAACACGCACAAGAAAAAUUGAUCCGCCGCGUAUAUCGCGAGGCCAACCUAAACCCAGAUGAGUGCGGGUUUGCGGAGAUGCACGGUACAGGAACGAAAGCCGGAGACCCCAUCGAGGCGCGGGCAGUGCAGGCGGCCCUGGGGGGAGGCCGAACAGCUCGGAAUCCGCUUUAUAUUGGAUCGGUGAAGUCGAACGUCGGCCACUUGGAGGGUGCCAGUGGCAUUGCUUCCAUUAUCAAGACGGCCAUGAUCCUCGACAAGGGGCUGUUGCUACCCAAUGCCGACUUCAAAAAGCCGAACCCGAAUAUCCCACUGGCGGAGUGGAAUAUGAAGGUCGUCACCUCCACACGGCCAUUCCCACGGGGCAUGAAAUAUGCCAGUGUGUCCAACUAUGGCUUCGGCGGAACCAACGCUCAUGUGGUCCUCCAAAGGCCGCCGAUGCCAGAACAGUCGGAGGACGAUGCAGGAGUCGAGGGGGAUCCUAAGAGCAGGCUGUUUUUGAUCUCAGCCAAUGACAAGGAAGCCCUGCGCGCGAGAAUCCAGGACUUUGGCAUCUACUUUGAGCAGCGGCCAGAGGUGUUCGAGAACUCUCUCUUUGGCAACUUUGCGCACACCCUUGGAACUAAGUUGUCCCAUCUUUCAUACCGGGUGGCACUGUCUGCUGUCUCUUUGGACGAUCUGGGCAUCAAGAUGGCCCAGCUAAAAGUCAACCCGAUUCGAGUGCUAGGCGCCCCGACGGUAGCUUUCGUCUUCACCGGCCAGGGUGCUCAAUGGGCCCAGAUGGGUAUUCCUUUGAUGGGCGAAUACCCAAUUUUUGCUGCGGCCAUUGAACGCGCAGACCGAUGUCUGCUCGAUCUGGGAGCGGACUUCUCUCUCCUCGAAGAGUUACAGAAGGAUGCAGCAGUCUCCGAGAUCAACGCCCCCCACCUGAGCCAGCCGGCCUGCACCGCCCUCCAAAUCGCUCUCACGGACCUCCUCCGUUCCUGGGGAAUUCGUCCUUCUUCAGUCGUUGGUCACAGCUCUGGCGAAAUUGGCGCCGCCUAUGCCGCCGGUAUCUAUGACCUGGAGGGAGCCAUGGCACUUGCCUACCGCCGCGGUCAAAUGACCUCAUUGCUGAAGAGCUCUUAUCCGCAGCUGAAGGGCACUAUGAUCGCCGUCGGAGCUAGCCCCGAAGCUAUCAAGCCAAUGCUGAAGACCCUAGGCUCUUACGCGACGGUAGCAUGUGUGAACAGCCCGUCCAGCGUGACUGUUUCUGGAGAUGCAGAUGCCAUUGAUGAACUCGAGGCUGUACUGCAGGAGAAGCAGCUCUUCAAUCGGAAACUGAAGAUUGGCGUCGCCUACCACUCGGACCAUAUGAAAAAGGUAGCAGAAGCGUACCUCGCUGCCAUUGACUCGAUCUUGCCCUCGUCAUCCACGACGGCAACCUUCUUCUCGUCCGUUACUGGUGAAAUCGCGGAGCCGUCCGAUCUAGGCCCAGCAUACUGGGUUGCCAACCUGACCUCUCCCGUGCUCUUUGCCGAUGCGCUCGCUAAAAUGUGCACCCUCGAGGAAAAUCGACCAAACCUCCUACUUGAGCUUGGCCCCCACUCCGCCCUGAAGGGUCCCAUCCUAGAUACUAUGAAGAGUCUAGGUUCAACCGCAUCAAAGAUCGGCUACGCUGCGACAGUACUCCGCAACGCCGACCCCGCGCAGUCCAUGCUGAAUGCCGCAGGCGCUGUGUACGUGCGCGGUGGAACGCUCAACAUCACAGCGAUCAACUUCCCUGUGAGCGGUGGCCGCAACCGUUCUUUCCUGCGAGACCUGCCCAAGUACCCGUGGCAGCACGGCACCCGGUAUUGGCACGAGGCGCGCAUUGCGGAGAACCAUAAGUUCCGCGAUGGAAAGCGGAAUGAUAUGCUGGGAACGCUGGCUAUUUAUUCGAACGAUCUGGAGCCGACCUGGCGCAACAUUGUUCGUCUAGAUGAUAUACCCUGGCUGCGGGAGCACAAGAUGCAGGGUAUGAACGUAUAUCCGAUGGCUGGAUAUUUGGCAAUGGCCAUUGAGGCUGCACGUCGACGCGCUGAGCAGCACGAGAUCUCUUUCUCACAAUUCGAGUUCCGCGAGGUGACCGUCGGCGCUGCCCUCGUUCUGACCGACGACGUGGACGCUGAGACUACCAUCUCCCUCAAGCCAUAUGCAGAAGGUACCCGCGGCAACUCGGAUAUCUGGGAUGAAUUCCGUAUCUCGUCGUGGACCUCUAAGCGGGGUUGGACAGUGCACUGCUCGGGUUUGGUCCGCACCCGCGCCAACAAUAAGCAGCAGACAUUGGUCGUCAACGUCGCCGAGGCCGAGGAGAAGCACUUCCAUUCUCAAAUCAACCGGGUCAAGGAACAAGCUACCUACAAGAUCGACACGCAGAACAUGUAUCAGGUUCUCACCGAUGUUGGUGCCGGUUAUGGGCCCCUCUUCCAAGGUCUCGAGAAUGUAUUCUCAAGUCCCGUUCACUCAUGUGCGGAUCUGUACGUUCGGGACACGAAGACCGUGAUGCCCAAGAACUUUGAGGCCCCAUUGACCAUUCACCCCACCUUCUUGGACGCCCUGCUUCACCUGGUCUGGCCAAUUCUUGGUCAGGGUCGAAUGGCUCUUGAGACGCUGUACAUGCCUACGAUGAUCAAGAACUUGGUCAUCAGCGACAAGAUCCCAUCUGUCCCUGGCGAAUUUGUCAAGGCGUGGUGCAACGGUGGACCCAGCCAGGCCAGCCCCGAGCCGACCAAGUUCGACCUUUGGGUGACGCCCCAGCAGUCGACUGAAGUCCUGAUCAACAUGGAGGGUCUGGUAAUGACUCCGCUCAAGGACACUGGUGCAAUCCGUCGCGAAAAUACCCGAAACCUGUGCUACAAGUUCGAGUGGAAGUCUCUAGCCGACGUUGAGAAGGGGCUGACCCCGGAGAUCCAGGAAUCCAGUGAUCAUGUUAAUGGCAUCAAUGGGCACGCUGAGGAGCCUACCAGCGCCUUGGCAAAUGGCCAUGCUACAAGUGAACUGCCCAAUGGCCAUACCGAUAGCCAUCUGACUCUGGAUAAGAUGCCGCAUAUCAAUGGCAAUGGCAUCAUGAACGGCCAUCACCUGACAGAUGUCCUUAUCACGCAGUUCGGUGAGUCUGACGGUAUCGCCGACAAGCUGAACGAUGCUAUCCGCAAGGAAAACAUUGACUGGAAGCCUUCUGUCUCUGAUUUCGGGGAGAUGGAUGCUACUGGUAAGCGCGUCGUUGUCCUUCACACUGGAGCUCACUCUCUUCGCGACCUCACCGCACAGUCCUUUGAGGACAUGAAACGGACUUUGCUCAAUGCCUCCCAUGUCCUUUGGGUUUAUCGUCUUGACAACCCCGAUGCCCAGAUGAUCGUCGGUCUUACCCGUAGUCUGCGCUCCGAAACUCUGGCCAAGGUCGCGACUCUUGGUCUUGAGACCGAAGAUCUCGAGAAGCCUGCUAUUCCGAUUACGGCUGCCAUGAAUGCUAUUUGGCCCGCUGACAGCGUGAAGCCCUGCAAUGAGUUCGAGUUUCGGGCUAAGGGUGCUGAGUUGUACGUCCCGCGUGCCUUCCCCGACGACGCGGCGGACACUUUCGUCAACAAUGAAACUCAUGAGAUGACAAUUUCGUCUCAACCAUUCCAUCAGCCUGGCCGUCGCUUCAAGCUGCAAAUCGGCAACCUUGGUGCCCUGGAUACGCUGUACUUUGCCGACGAUGUCGUCGAUCCCUUGGCUGACGAUGAGAUCGAGUUUGAGGUCAAGGCCACCGGUCUGAACUUCAAAGAUAUCGUCGUGACCAUGGGCCAGCUCGCACAGCCGUAUAUUGGUAUCGAGUGCAGUGGCAUCGUCUCGUCGGUCGGCAAGAACGUCAAGCACCUCACGGUCGGCCAGCGAGUCAUGGCCCUGCCGCUGGGUGGUUACUCAACCUACGCUCGCUGCAAAGCCACCAGCGCAGCCCUGAUCCCAGAGAACAUGUCCUUCGAGGUCGCCGCCACAGUACCUGUCGUGUUCUGUACAGCUUACUAUGCACUCUUUGACCUCGGCCAUCUGCAAGAAGGCGAGCGAAUUCUGAUCCACGCCGGUGCAGGUGGUGUUGGACAAGCAGCCAUUAUGCUAGCGCAGAUGAUCGGUGCAGAGAUCUUUGUGACUGUCGGCAGCGUGGAGAAGAGGCAGUUCCUCAUGGCAGAGUACGGCAUUGCCGAAGACCACAUCCUGUACAGCCGUGACUCAUCGUUCGGUCGCGGUAUCCGCCGCGCUACCAACAACGAGGGCGUGGAUGUUGUCGUCAACUCGCUCGCAGGUGAUCUCCUUCGCGAGACAUGGGAGUGCCUGGCGCCGUUCGGCCGAUUCAUUGAAAUCGGUAAGGCGGAUAUCACCAAGAACACCCGUCUCGAUAUGCUGCCAUUCGAAUACAAUAUCACCUUUGCAUCCGUCGAUUUGACCAAGGUUGCGGCGCGCCGACCGAAGCUGAUGAAGCGUCUCUUGGAUGAUGUUACGGCGCUGAUGACCAAGGGCUCUGUGCAUCCUGCCCUGCCGCUUACCACAUAUCGCAUCUCCGACCUGGAGAUUGCGUUCCGGACGCUUCAGACUGGUAAGGCUAUGGGUAAGAUUGUGGUUGUGCCUCACCAGGAUGAUCAUGUCAAGGCUGUUACGCCCAAGACUGGCUCUUCCCUCCUGAAGGCUGAUGCUUCUUAUAUCUUGAUCGGUGGGACUGGUGGUCUAGGUCAAAGUAUGGCCAGGUGGAUGUCGUCAAAGGGUGCCGGACACAUUGUUCUUGUUUCCCGUAGCGCAUCAGUCAAUGACCAGGUGCGAGCUCUGAUUGAUGAGCUGGCCGUCAAUGGCACACAUGUCACCGUCAAGCCCUGCGACGUGAGCAGCCGACAGUCCGUCGAGAAUCUCGUCAAGGGGGAUAUGAAGGAUCUUCCUCCAGUCCGUGGUGUUGUCCAUGGUGCCAUGGUUCUCCGAGACAUGCUGUUCGAGAACAUGACCUUAGACGACUUCCAAGCCGUCAUAACCAGCAAAGUUGACGGCGCCUGGAACUUGCAUGAAGUCCUCGCUGACUCCCCGCUCGACUUCUUCGUGGCCCUCUCCUCCGUGGCCGGUGUCAUCGGCAACCGCGGCCAAGCCGCCUACGCCGCAGCCAAUGUCUUCCUUGACGGCUUCAUGGAGUACCGACGGUCACAAGGCUUGCCCGGUACAUCGAUUGACCUGACAGCCGUCCGCGAUGUCGGCUACCUAGCAGAAGUCGACAGCAAGCGGCGACAGGAAGUGCUGAACAAUAUCGGCACAGAUGGUAUGGACGAAGCCGAGGUGCUCGCCCUGCUCGCCGCCGCAAUCACAGGCGAUCUGGUUGAGUCGUGCUCAGGCCAGUUCAUUGUUGGCCUCGAGCUCAGCACACUUGAUCACUUCUGGGCGCAAGACGCCAAGUUCAGCGUUCUGUAUGAGGCCGCGAAGGCAGCGCACGGUUCAGGUGCUGGCGGCAGUGGACCCUCUGCCCCGCUGAACGUACUCCUUGCCAAUGCAGCCUCCAAGGAGGAGGCACUUCGUAUCUGCUAUGAAGCCCUCGCCGCCAAACUAGCGCAAAUCCUGGUGAUUUCGCUGGAGGACAUGGAUCCGUCGAUUACCGUGGCCUCUUUGGGUUUGGAUUCGCUUGUGGCGAUUGAGAUCCGCAACUGGAUUGCGCGCGAGGCAAAUGCCAAUGUGCAGGUCUUGGAGUUGCUGUCGAGCGGGUCUCUGAUGGCACUUGCGGAGAUUAUUUUGAACAAGUCGCAGGUUUGA